UCUCACCAGAAAGGUGCUCAAUCUAGUGCAGUGUGGAGGUAUUUUUGCGCGUCGCAUAAACGCGAUUAUUGAUUUUAAAAGCGUACGGGGAAACAAAAAUUAAAGCGUAAAAAAAGAAAGCCAAAACAGUGUUAAUAUCGAAAGAUAAAGAAAUAGAAAAGAAAACUAAAGAUUGACUAGAAAGUUCAAUAGGCGACUUUGUCAAUUUUGAAUUGGUGGCCAUACCCAACACAAACAACAACAACAAGACCAUAACGGAGUUCUAACCUUCAAACCCAACAUAAGCCCUUCGAGCUUAGCUGUCACACAAACCUACGAACGAACAAACACACACACACCUACCCCAAGCCAAGGUUCUAGUUGCGUAUCGCCGCUGCUGAAAUGCACCAACUUUCGAACGUCACAUCUCUCGAAAAAACACCGCCGCUAAUGUUGUAAGUGCGUGUUGGCAUCUCUGUGUGUGCGUGUGUUUACAGUGUGUGCACCAGUGUUUGUGUGUGAGUGAUUUUGAACUACGGAGUUUUCCUUCACGGGAUUUACGGGAAAUCACGUUUUGAAAAGAUCAUUUGCGUUUUGUAAUUCGGCGAUUCAUGUCGUAUAGCGGCGCGUCGCAUUUUAUGUCGUAAAAGAAAAGAAUAGAUGAAAAACAAGAAGAAAAAAAACAAAGAACUCAGAAUUCAAAAUAAAUAGAAGAAUAAAAAAAAAUACAUUGUGUUGCACAAAAGAAUAGAGUGAUAAUACACAAAUUGAAAGGAAUAUAAAAAACCAGUAAAAUUGCAUAGAAAAAAAUGCCACAACAUUUUUAAAGAAAACAAUUGAAAAAGAGUGCGAAUCUAAAAAACAAACAAAACAAACAAAAAUUGAAACAAAACAACCAAAACACAACAAAACUCCCCAAGCAAAGUGAAAAAGGGUGAAGAAAAAGUGAACCAAACCGCAAGUGUUAAACACCCCCUCAUCUGACUACAAAGCCAACCAAAUACUCAUGGAUUAAUAAAACCAAAAAGAAAAAAUCUAAAAAAAUUUAUGAAUGACAAGUGACCACUUACAAAAAUACAUCAACAUGAUAACAAUUAUAUAAGAAAAAAUAAUAAAAAAAAAAUAUUUUAUUUGAAAAAAAAAAAAACUUUUUGUUCUACAAAUCUCCAAAAAUAAAACUUUACCUUAGUCAAGUCAAAGUGCCAAUUUACAGACCACCGUUGUCAUUUGCCAAUUUCCAGACAUCACUAUGCUUACCAUGGAGUCCGAUAUGAAAGGUGGCAUCCUGCAUGCCACUAUGCCUCCACAUCAUGCCUCGGCGGCCUUGCAUGGCCAUGCCGCUUCACCCUACAGUGCUUUGGGCCCCCUCAUGAAUUUGGGCCAAUCGCAUUUGACACAAUCCCACUUGUCGCAUCAUCAUCAGCAUCACAUGUCCUCCCACUUGGCCAGCCAGGGUUCUUCAGCGCCAAAUGGCACCACCAGCGUUUUGAGCUCUUUGCAAAAUAGCAUGGCCCAAACGUUGAAUGGCAAUGCCAGUGUUCAGCAUGGUUCGCCCUUGCACAGCUCCAGCGACUUGAGUCCUACACAGAGUAGCCACACCAGCAUAGGCAGCCAUCACAUGACCUCGCCGGGCCAGCAAAAUCAUCAUCAUUCGCAUCAUCAUGGCGGUGGUGGUAUGGGCGGUCAAUCCACACCUUUGAGUUCGGGAGGCAGCUCGACAGGUGGUGGUGGCGGCGGCGUCGGCGGCAAUGGCAUUAACAACAACUCCAAUCCCUCGAGUGCCAGCAAAAAUGCCCAAAGUGCCGCAGAGCGUGUCAAAAGGCCCAUGAACGCCUUUAUGGUGUGGUCCAGAGGCCAGCGCCGCAAAAUGGCCUCGGACAAUCCAAAAAUGCAUAAUUCCGAAAUCUCCAAGCGUUUGGGGGCCCAGUGGAAAGAUUUGUCCGAGAAUGAGAAGAGGCCCUUCAUUGAUGAGGCCAAACGCCUAAGAGCCGUACACAUGAAGGAACAUCCCGAUUACAAAUAUCGUCCACGUCGCAAAACGAAGACCUUAACCAAGACCAAGGAGAAAUAUCCCAUGGGUGUGGGAGGCCUAUUGCAAGCCUCUGAGGGUGGCGGUACCCCCUCGGCGCGCUCAUCCAACACAAAUUCGAUCUCAUCGGCCGCUCAACAGGCGGCGGGAGUUAAUCGUGAAAUGUAUCCCAUGAGUGCUCCCAAUGGCUACAUGCCCAAUGGCUAUAUGAUGCAUGAUCCCUCCGCCGCCGCCUAUCAAAGUCAACAUGGAGCCUACAUGGGCAACUAUCAUCGCUAUGACAUGGGCCAAAUGCAUCAAGCGGCUGCGAAUUACAUGAAUGCCGGCACCGGCUAUGGCAUGUACAGCACUGUCUCCGGCGGCCAGACCUCACCCUAUGGCAAUGUCCAACAGCCUGGUUCACCGUAUGGCACGGGCACCGGCGGCAGUGUACAGCCCCAGCCCGGCUCACCCUAUGGCCUAAGCGGUCAACCUGGUUCUCAAGUCUCCUGCCAAAGUCACAGUCCCAGCGAUUCGAGUGUCAAAUCGGAACCCGUCUCACCCAGUCCCCAGCUGCAACACAAUUCCGCCUCACAACAGAAUUCCGCCGCCGCCGCCGCCGCAGCAGCGGCUGUCAUAACAAAUAACAAUAAUCAUGUGUUGAAACGGGAAUACCUAAGUGGCCAACAGCCUUCGGCCGAGUUGAAUCACCUCAUGAAUAUGUAUCACCUGUCCGACGGCAUGCAGGUGUCGGCAGCAGCGGCGGCAGCUGCAGCGGAACAUCAUCAACGCAAUUUGAUGCACUAUCAGAAUAGUUCGCCGGAUUUGCAGCAUCAGCAUCAGGCGCAUCAUCAUCAUCAGCAGUCGAUGCGUUCCAUGGCUCCCCUUGCCCAUAUGUGA